AUGGUCUGGCCUUUCAGCAACUCCAGUGCUGCCUCUUCCACGUCUUCCUCUUCUGGCGGCAAUGCUCCUUCCACACCAGCCCAUGCUCUCACCACAGAGCAGAGCGCCAGCGCAAAAUGGGAAGCUACUGUCAAGGAGGAGCAGAUUAUUCAGGCUGCAUACACGCCUUUGGACGAGAUGAAAAAGUGCUACAAUCUGUUCGACGAGUGGGCUGCUUGUUAUGGUACGUGCUCGCCAUCAAGCUCCUGGUGCGGGCGUACGUCGCCCGCAGUCUGACACGAUGCUGCUCCUCGUGUGCCUUUCGGCCAUCGACCCGUCACAGCUCUUCUCCCUCAGCUAAACUCAGUGUACAGAUACGGCGGACCAAAGGAUUGUUCAACAAAGUUCAACGAUUGGAAGUUUUGCCUGACUCUCAAGGACCUUUCUGCUGAACAGAGGAGGGAAAAGUGGCUGAGGCAUCGUGCUGAACAAGUGGCCAAGAUGCGUCUCGAAGGAAGCUCGGAAGACUUUUGGGAAAUACGGCGAGAUCCUUUGAUCGAUCCCAAGUUUGAAGACGUACAGAUUGGGAGGGACGCCUGAACAGCAGGCUACGUCGAGCAUCUAGCCCUCGCACACGCAAUGUGACGGCCUGUGCCGUGCGAGGAAUUCUCUUCGAGCUAAGUGAGUUGCGGGAGCAUGUAAAGCAAAUGCCGAGGGGCCGUCGCAAGCACACAUGAUGAGUGUAUUUCAUUCAGUUCUGCUACUGUAGAGCCUCAAUAUUCGCAGAGGUUUCGCUGCGGACACUACAUACCAUCGCUUACCUUUCUGAUCAGUAUGCGCGGGCGGAAAAUGUUGCUCAUGCGUUGCGUCGUUGCCAGCUAGACCUACGACUGACUCGUCUUGGCCGUCUCUGCAGUACACACUACACUGUUGCCCUCGAUGUCAGGGCUCAUUCGCCUGCACCUCAGUCGGACAUGCCUCGCGUUAUCUCAGGUAGGUGUGGGCGAUGAACCCUGCAUGACCGAGCUGGCACGCAGCGACAUUUCGCCUCCAAAAUGAUUACAACAAAAGUUCCAAAUCCAUUCUCACGAUGCGAUUUCGAGUUUAUUGGGCAAGCGCGGGCUCUCGGUUGCACCGUCCAACGAGUCCGACCUACUGUCUUGCUUGCAUAGGAGCGCAUCGUAUCGUUUGAUCGGUCGACUAACUCAAGAUGUUCCCAGCGGGACGUCGGGGCGAAAGAUCAAGUCGGGGAUGCGGCUGUGCUCCUAGGCGGAUGGGGUGUGGCGAAUGCUCGAAGGGCUGUGCGCUAGGCUGGGAGCCCUUUGCGCUGCUCAAGAGGCUGGUCACGCAAAUGAUGGAUCAAUCUUCUCUAUGAUCGGAGCGCGGACGCUGUCAUCGCGCAGACUCGAUUGAGGUGCUUUAGGCAGUUGCUGACACCACGACGUCUCUUUUUUCCAAAGCCUCGACUGCAUCUAGCAAGCACGACUGGACCCGGGCUGGUCAACGCUAAGGCCCCUAGCGCUUCGUUUGCAGAUCGAACGGUGAGUACUUGAUCGCGGUCCUCAGUGGGUGCGAAGGGGAGUCCGAGGGAGCAGCAGAUCGAAGGCAAAGACGAAAAGACGAUCCCAUAUCGUAUUCUAUCGAGCUAGACGUAGCCCACCAGCUUCUUUCGCAUUGUCCGCUUCCCAUGUGUUGGGAGGUCGAUGGUGCGUGGGAAGAGGGGGCGAUGCGCCGCAUCGCUCAAAACAUGCAUGUGAGUCGGCGUUCUUACCUUGCCAUCAAGUAAUGUUGCAUCAUGCUGAUCCAGGGCACCUUUGUGACUGAUCUGUCCUUGCAGCACCAGCUGAGCCUUUCUGCUGUCCCAAUUGAAUUGUCCACUUCGAAAGGUGUUGAAAGCAAUGAAGUUGCUGACAUGAUAGUGGGCUCCUCUGCAUAAUGAAACCAGACACUCGGCCAUCCUAGAGACGCCACGAGCUCGCCUUAA